GACUCAAUGGGUCAAUUCAUUGACGGACUCGCUCACGGCUAACUUUUCGAAGCUCGCUUUCGAGCGACUUUGCUCCGCACACAAGCUGCGAAGCAAGGCAUGGCCCAGCCACGCGUCUCGUUGAGGCGCCUCUGCAAGCUCGAGUCAAAUGGGCCAUUAGCACAAUGCAGAUCCCAAUUGAUGCAAAUCCAGAGCAGGGGAUGGCAGCCUCUGACUCGCUUUUCACAGCAUCGUCUCAUGCACACCAGAGACGACCAUGAUAAUUCGACAUCUCGAGCGUUUCAAGGUCCAGCAAGCACCAAGCUUGAUUUCCGGAAACUGGCCGGCCAGGAACUGCGCCAGGAAUGGUCCCAGUACAACAACUUCUCCAAGGCUUCGGAAGCCCACGAGUUCGCUGUCGGGAACCAGGUUGUCGUCCAUGGCUUCCUCGGCGCGCGGAGAAUCUUGCACAAGAACCUGCUCUUUGCCAACAUCCGCGUCGAGCACGGUCCGCACUUCCAGGUCACGGUCAAAGGGCCCGAGGCUUGUGAGGCCUUCAAGUUGGUGCCUCUCAACGCACCGGUCUCGGUCACGGGCACAGUCACCGAGCUCAUUUCUGAGAAAGACUUGGCUGCUGGUGCUCAACCGUCUGGCAGAUUCCCCAACGGUGUCACCAAAAUCGACCUGGAUCUGGAAGCCGUCCAAGCCCUCAAUGUCUGGCCCAAGGAGGUCAUCGUCUCAAGAAACGUCCAGUUUCCUCCAAAGUCGCGCCAUCUGCAGAUACGCUUUUCCCAGCCUCUGAGCUCGCGCCUCUUGGCCCGCCCAAAGAUAGCUUUUCAGUUGAGGAAGUCUCUUGAAAGCCAGGGCUUCACCGAGGUCGAGACUCCCAUCCUCUUCAAGUCUACCCCUGAAGGAGCAAGAGAGUUCCUCGUCCCCACUAGACGCAAGGGUUUCGCAUACGCCCUGCCCCAGAGCCCCCAACAGUACAAGCAGAUUCUCAUGGCCAGUGGCGUUCGCGCCUACUACCAGUUUGCCCGCUGCUUCCGUGACGAGGACCUGCGUGCGGACCGCCAGCUAGAAUUUACACAGCUUGAUCUGGAGAUGGCCUUUGCAACUGGCCAAGAUGUCAUGCAAGCCGUCGAGUCUCUCGUCUCUGAGUUGCCCGCCGCCUUAAACGCCCAGUUCAAUAUUGCGAAACAAGGCGACGAUGUCUUUCCCAUCCCCAAAUGGAGCAAGCCUGAGGGCCAGAAGCUUGACCUGUCGUGGCCUGAGAUGCCCUCUCCAUUUCUCCGUCUCACAUACCAAGAGGCCAUGACGAGGUUCGGGUCGGACAAGCCAGAUUUGCGAAUUCAGUUUGAGAUUCGACGAGUGGAUCAAGUCUUGCCCUCUGCCUUUGUCCAGAUGAUCACCGACAUUAAGAGCCCUGUUGUGGAGGCUUUUAGAUUUCGCCCUCAGCUGGUUUCCGAGGAGGAAGCCGAAGCCAGUUCCAACCCAAUCUCCCCCUUUACUACCGAGUGUAUCGAGGCGUUUGGCCCUGAAGCUGCCCGAUUCGGCGGCGGUGCUCCAGUCGCCCUCGUCUUUGACACCAAAAAGCCGCUCUGUGGUCUCUCGUCCCUCGGCCAUGCAGGCUUCGAGGGCCUUACAAGUGGGGCCCCUGGCCUGGAAGACUUUGCAGAUUUGGAGGAUGGCGACGUCGUCGUCUUCCAGGCCCGCAGAGACGCAGCGUUCCAAGGCGGGGCGACGGCAUUGGGUACGUUUCGGAACCUAGUCUACCAGAGAGCCGUCUCAAGCGGCCUUCUACCCAGGGAUUUGAGCUUCAAGUUUCUCUGGGUCGUCAACUUUCCCCUGUUCACGCCCGACAAAUUGUCGGGCCCUGGGCAGGGUGGCGGAGCCGGAUUCUCGGCGACCCACCACCCAUUCACUGCACCGCUUACUGACGAGGAUGUCGAGCUGCUGGCAACGAAUCCCCUCAAGGCUAGAGGCGACCACUAUGACUUGGUUGUCAACGGUAUCGAGCUCGGUGGUGGAAGCCGACGUAUUCAUGUCGCCAAGAUGCAGGAGUAUGUCAUGAAGGAGGUACUAAAGAUGACCGACAAAGGCAUGGGCCUCUUUAAGCACUUGCUGGCCGCCCUCGGCGCUGGGUGUCCGCCACACGCGGGCUUUGCCUUGGGAUUCGAUCGUCUGGUCGCCGUCCUCACACACACAAACUCUCUGCGCGACGUCAUUGCGUUUCCCAAGUCGAUAAAGGGCGACGACCUUAUGGUCAAGAGUCCCGGAAAGAUCACCAACGAGGAGCUCAAGACAUAUCACCUUAGCAUUGCGACGCCCAAAAUCCAGGCAGCUCCCGCCGUUGGCCCCUCGGAGGUGCCCAAGGAGACACCAGCAGAAGUACCCGCGGAAGCAGCCGCGACUCGGUGAAGCGUGUUCUCUUUCCUCUUCUGUAUGGUCGUGUACCAAAUAUCCUGUGCUUGUGCCUGUAGGCUACCUCGUUUUUUUUCUGUCUGAAAGGAACGGUUUCAUAUUUGAAUGAUGCCACAUAUUAUUACCGUGUACAAAUGGCACUUCCAUCCUCCAUUACAUGUUCCAUAUCACUAAGAGCUAUAGUGUAUUAAUUAGGAGCCGCGGGAGGGCUGUGAUUUGGGCUUCUGUCUCCUAGCAAUCUGUGAUCAAGAACACCCAUGCCCAUCCCACCCUCUCGCUUGUCCCCUGCUCCCCCAUUAUGUGUUUUCCUUUGGUCUGUUCUAGAACAAACAAGGGUAGGAAAAGGCGUGCUUAGAAACUGCCAAACACGACGGCCAGCAGGGCGAGCCCACCACCAACAACCUUGGCCCGGGCCAGCGC